AUACGUUUCAUACAAUACAAAUGGCGACAAAUGCAAGAGCAGUCUUGUUUCUAAUGCUCAUGCUCGUGGUUUGUGUAUCUGAAGGAGUUCUUGACGGCAAUUAUUACACAAAAACAUGUCCAAAUGCUGAGAAAAUCAUCCUCCAGACCGUUUACAAUGCUUCCAUUCAUGACCCCCGAGUCCCUCCUCGGCUUCUCAGGCUCUUCUUCCAUGACUGUUUCAUAAGGGGAUGUGAUGCAUCAGUGUUGAUAGAUUCAACGCCGGGGAAGCAGGCCGAGAAAGAUGCACCUCCAAACAUCUCGCUGAGGUCAUUCUACGUGAUCGACGAGGCCAAGGUGAAGCUGGAAACUGCUUGCCCGCGUACUGUUUCCUGUGCUGAUAUUGUCGCCAUUGCUGCUAGAGAUGUAGUAACUCUGUCUGGGGGACCAUAUUGGAGUGUACUGAAAGGAAGGAAAGAUGGGAAGAUUUCCAAUGCUUCUGAAACCAUCAACUUGCCAGCUCCAACUUUCAAUGUUUCUCAACUCAUCCAAAGCUUUUCAAACAGGGGAUUACAAGUCAAAGACUUGGUUGCUCUAUCUGGCUCACACUGUUCUUCCUUCCAAUCCAGACUCCGCAACUUCACCUCAAUUCAUCAAACUGAUCCAACUCUGGAAUCUGGGUUUGCGCAGAUUCUAAGAGAGAAAUGUCCAAAACCCAAUUUGGACAAAAAUGCUGGACAAUUCUUGGACCCAACUUCCUCAACUUUUGACAAUGUGUAUUACAAGCGACUGAUGGAAGGAAAGGGUGUGUUUGGUUCAGAUCAAGCUCUGUUUGGUGAUUCCAGAACCAGAAGGAUUGUUGGGUCGUUUGCUAAAGAUCAGAAUUUGUUCUUCAAGGAGUUUUCAGCUUCAAUGGUAAAAUUGGGUAAUGUUGGGGUCAGUGAAAACGGCGAUGUCAGAGUCAAUUGCAGGGUGGUGAACUGAGAGAAACAGAGAGAGUUUUUUUUACAAAAAAUUAUGUAAUGUUGAUGAAUUUAUACUGUUUGAAAUAAAGUGAUAAAGAUGCCUCUUCCAUUGAUA